AUGUACCUACAGGCAAACAAGUCGCUCGAUGAACCCAACGCCACCCAACGUGUAAACCAGUCAGUUCGCGGUGCCGUGCAGUAUCCACAAGACGCAUUUGGCCCCAACAUUGCGCUGCUGGAUGCAGGGAACGGGGAGCCGAUGGAGCUGUGCCGCGAGGCUUCCGCAGCGGCGAAGGCCACGUGGCUCCGCCAAUUUCAGUGCAAGCAGUGCGACAACUGGUGGUGGGGUGUCUCGAGACAAUGCCGCAUUUGCCGCCGCACCGUCGCCCCAGUCCAGUUGAAGGACAUGUUGGGAAUUGGGUGGUUUGAAUGCGAUCAAUGCGAUCGCAAGUUUGCCGGGUUUUGUCAAGGCAACGUGCCGUCCGCGUGCCACAGCUGCGGGAAAAAAUGCUGGGCCAGCUUCAUUGUCCCUGGGGCCAAGGCCUCGUCCAGCGGGCGCGACCACCACGACUGCAACGAGUGCCAUGGCGAUGGAAAGUGUUGGGUUGUCGAGAUGGCGAAACAACGCGCAUCAAAAGGACAGUCCCACGAGUACUGA